AUGGUUCGUGCUGCUGCUGCUGCUGCUGCUGUUGCUGCUUCUGCUGUGACUGCUGCUGCUGUGUCUGCUGCUGCUGUUUCUGCGGCUGCUGCUGCUGCUGCGGCGGCUGCUGCGGCGGUGGCGGCUGCUGCUGCUGUAUCUGCGGCAGCUGCUGCUGCUGUUGUAUCUGCUGCUGCUGCUGUACCCGCUGCUCCCCCUGCUGCUGCUGCUGCUGCUGCUAUACCAGCUGAUGCUGCCGUAGCUGCUGCUACUGUUGCUGUUGCUGCUGCACCUGCUGCUACUGCUGCUGAUGAUGAUGUUGCUGCUCCUGCUGAUACUGCUACUGCUGCUGCUGCUGCAUGUCCUGCUGCUGCUGUUGCACUUGCUGUUGCUGCAUCUGCUGCUGUUGCUGCUGCUGCUGUUGCUGCUGCUGCUGUUGCUGCUGCAUGCGCAGUGGAGGAGGUCCUCUACCGCCGCGGGGCAGCGAAGCUGCGCCUUUCUGAGACAGUGCUUGCAGCAGCAGAGUCUGCUGCUGCUCCUGCUGCUGCUGCUGCUGCUGCAGCAGCAGCAGCGGGGGACACAGCUGCAGCAAGCCAGCCCCUGAAGACCCUUCAGGCUUUCGACUGUGGCGUGCUGCUGCAGCACGAGCAUGCACAGACACCGCAGCGAGACAACCCGCAGCAGCAGCGGCAGCAGCUAGUUGAGUCACUGAGAGAUGCUGAUGAGCGUGCAGCUUCUGCUGCUGCUGCUGCUGCUGCUGCUGCCCCUGCUGCUGCUGCAUCUGCUGCAGCAGCAGCUGCUGCUGCUGCUGAAGGCUCCGCAGCUCCCGCCCCGACCCCCGCUGCAUCGGGCGGUCCUCCCCAGACGAUACCAGCAGCAAAAGAAGAAGCAGCAGCAGCAGCAGCAGCAGCAGCAACAGCAGCAGCAGCAGCAGCAGCAGCAGCAGCAGCAGAUAAAGGGAUAUCUACGAAAGCGGAGGAGUCGAUAUAUAUGUUUGAGGAACAGCGGCAGCAGCUAGUUGAGUCACUGAGGUUUGGGGCUGCUGCUCUUGCUGCAGCAGAUAACAGCAGCACAGACAGCAGCAGCAGCAGCAGCAGCAGCAGCAGCAGCAGCAGCAGCAGCAGAGAGAACGACGCAACCCCUGGAGAGGACCUCUUGGGCUCCUUCCCUAUAGAGCAGAUACUUGCUGAUGCAUUCAGAGAUGCUGAUGAGCGUGCAGCUUCUGCUGCUGCUCCUGCUGCUGCUCCUGCUGCUCCUGCUGCUGCUGCACCUGCAGCAGCAGCAGCUGCUGCUGCUGCUGCUGUUGAAGGCUCCGCAGCUCCCGCCCCGACCGCCGCCGCAUCGGCCGUUCCUCCCCAGACGAUACCAGCAGCAAAAGAAGAAGCAGCAGCAGCAGCAGCAGCAGCAACAGCAGCAGCAGCAGCAGCAGCAGCAGCAGCAGAUAAAGGGGCGUUUCCGAAAGCGGAGGAGUCGAUAUAUAUGUUUGAGGAGAAAGAUUUCACAGCUGUUGUAAAGAGCAGCAAUCGCUGGGACGAUGCAGCAGCUCUCGAGUCUCUUGCUGCUGCUGCUGCUGCUGCUGCUGCUGCUGAUGCUGCUGCUGCUGCAGAUGGCGAUACAUAUGAAGACGUGAGGCGGCUUUAA